AUGAUCCAUAAGAAUACGAUUAAUCGCAUAAUAAAAGUUAUGUUUAUUUUGUUCGAAAUUUCAGGUACUUCGUGCAUCCUACUUUGCAGAAUAUUUUGGAUUAUUACAAUAAUAUUUGUUCAAUUCUAUCAUUACCGAUAUCUUAUAACGCAUUUCUAUUCCAACGAUCUUUUUAAUUUGAUGGACUGUUUAAGUAGUUUUCUAGCGUAUACAAAAGUGAUGACCAAGUUUAUUGUAUUUUGGUUGCAUGAGCGAGAGUUCAUCAAGACAUUGGCGAUGAUGGCGAAAGAUUGGCAUGAUUGCGCCGACAAUGAAAUUGGCAUGCAAAAGAUAAUGGAUAAAGCGAAAUUGUCCGAUCGUAUCACUAACGCAAUAUUCGUCCUACAUACGUUAAGCGUCGUUGCAUACGGCACACGCAUCGUCCUGGCCAAUGUCGAUAUCACCGAUCGUGCGUCCGAGCCACCCUAUAUCCAUAAAAUGGAAUUUCCCUUCGACAUAAACACGCAAAGAGUAUAUAAAAUGGUCGUAAUCGCGCAAUUCGCGUACGUCAUCAUGUGCAGCUGGGCUGCUGGUGCUGUAAAUUCUUUGCUCUUAACUUUGGUUUUACACAUAGGCGGUCAAAUAGACAUACUGCAUAGCUGGUUGACGGAUUUUGCAUCAAACAAGAGUGGAAAAAAACGCACUUCAUUCGCUACAAAUGAAAUCAUCGAAAAACAUCAGAGAAUCAUCAACUUUUCGGAGAAAAUCGAGAAUCUGUACACGUACAUCGCGCUAUUGCAGUUUGCGUCGAACACGAUAAUGAUUUGCUCCCUGGCAUUUCUCAUCGUAAGCGCGAUUGGUACGCCUAAUGCGACAGAGCAGAUAAUAAGAUCUCUCUUAUUUUACGCUAUAACGAAUCUCGAAGCUUUCCUAUUCUGCUUUGCUGGAGAAUAUCUGAAUAACAAGAGUAAAGCGAUCGGAAUCACAGCGUAUAAUUCCGCAUGGUACAACUUAAAGCCUGAAGAGACUCGUAUCUUGUUACUUAUAAUAUUAAGAUCGCAAAGACAACUGACGCUUACUGUUGGGAAGUUGACAAAUCUUUCCUUAGAAUAUUUUGCAAGUAGCAAGGAGAGAUACAAAGUUAUGACGUGUAAAACUACAAUUAAUCGUACGACAAAAUUUGUGCUCAUCCUGUUCGGUAUCUGGCCAGGUAUAUCGUGCAUUACGUUGUGCAGAAUAUUUUGGACCGUCACAAUAGUAAUCGUUCUACUUUGCCAUUAUCUAUAUUUCUUGACACAUUAUCAUUCUGUCGACGUGUUCGACUUGAUGGACUGUUUUAGUAGUUUCAUAGGAUUCUUGAAAUUAAUGAUCAAGGUUCUUUUCUUUUGGUUGAAUCAGCGAAUAUUCAAUGAAACCUUGACGAUGAUGGCGGAAGAUUGGAACGAUUGCGCCAAAAGUAAUAUGGAGAUGCAGGAAGUAGUAAACAAAGAAAAGAUAUCGAAUCGUAUUGCCAAUGCAAUCAUGACUCUUCACACAGUUGUCCCGCUCUUAUACGGCAUCGGUAUCAUUCUGGCCAACGUCAACGUCACCGAUCGUACGAUCGAACUACCCCACAUUUACAAAGCGGAAGUUCCUUCCAUCAUAAACACGCAAUACACAUAUAGAGUCGUGUUAAUUGUGGAAUUGAUACAUCUUAUCAUGUGUAGCUGGGGCUUGGGUAAUCUAAACGCUUUACUGAUAAUUUUGGCGCUCGGCAAUCCCAACGCGACAGAAAAGAUAGUGAGAGCCGUUUCGUAUUAUAGCGUGACGAAUAUCGAAGCGUUCAUAUUCUGCUAUGCUGGGGAAUAUCUGAUAAAUAAGAGCAAGGUAAUAGGAUUAGCUGCGUACAAUAUCGCCUGGUACAACUUGGAGCCUGAAUACAGUCGUAUUUUGUUAUUCAUGAUAGUGAGAGCGCAGAAACAAUUGACACUUACAGUUGGGAAGAUGACGGAUCUCUCGUUACAAUGCUUUGCAAGCUACACAAACGACAUAUGUAUUCUUGAUAUAUGCGGAGAGAGCAAGGAGAGAUACAAAGUUAUGACGUGUAAAACUACAAUUAAUCGUACGACAAAAUUUGUGCUCAUCCUGUUCGGUAUCUGGCCAGGUAUAUCGUGCAUUACGUUGUGCAGAAUAUUUUGGACCGUCACAAUAGUAAUCGUUCUACUUUGCCAUUAUCUAUAUUUCUUGACACAUUAUCAUUCUGUCGACGUGUUCGACUUGAUGGACUGUUUUAGUAGUUUCAUAGGAUUCUUGAAAUUAAUGAUCAAGGUUCUUUUCUUUUGGUUGAAUCAGCGAAUAUUCAAUAAAAUUUUAACGAUGAUGGCGGAAGAUUGGAACGAUAGCGCCAAAAGUAAUAUGGAGAUGCAGGAAGUAGUAAACAAAGAAAAGAUAUCGAAUCGUAUUGCCAACGCAAUCAUUACUCUUCACACAGUUGUCGUGCUCUUAUACGGCAUCGGCAUCAUUCUGGCCAACGUCGACGUCACUGAUCGUACGAUCGAACUACCCCACAUUUACAAAGCGGAAGUUCCUUCCAUCAUAAACACGCAAUACACAUAUAGAGUCGUGUUAAUUGUGGAAUUGGUACAUCUUAUCAUGUGUAGCUGGGGCUUGGGUAAUCUAAACGCUUUACUGAUAAUUUUGAUCUUCCACGUAGGUGGUCAAAUAAAUAUCCUGCAUUGCUGGUUAACGGAGCUGAUAUCCAAAGAGAAUAAACGUGAAUCUAUUGCCAUUACGAUGAAGAAAAUUAUUCGGAAACAUCAGAAAAUCAUUUAUUUCGCGAAAAAUAUUGAGAGCUUGUAUACGUAUAUUGCGUUCAUGCAAUUUAUAUCAAACACGAUAAUGAUUUGCCUAAUAGGAUUUUUAAUCAUAACAGCGCUCAGCAAUUCUAAUGCGACAGAAAAGAUAGUGAGAGCCGUUUCGUAUUAUAGCGUGACGAAUAUCGAAGCGUUCAUAUUCUGCUAUGCUGGGGAAUAUCUGAUAAAUAAGAGCAAGGCAAUAGGAUUAGCUGCGUACAAUAUCGCCUGGUACAACUUGGAGCCUGAAUACAGUCGUAUUUUGUUAUUCAUGAUAGUGAGAGCGCAGAAACAAUUGACACUUACAGUUGGGAAGAUGACGGAUCUCUCGUUACAAUGCUUUGCAAGUAGCAAGGUAAUAGGAUUAGCUGCGUACAAUAUCGCCUGGUACAACUUGGAGCCUGAAUACAGUCGUAUUUUGUUAUUCAUGAUAGUGAGAGCGCAGAAACAAUUGACACUUACAGUUUCUAGUUAA